AUGGCUGUCGCCACAACUCUAUCAUCGCGCCCUGCGCUGAGGAUAGGAACUUGUCUUGCCGUUGGCCUUUUCUUCCUUGUCACUCUUUGCACAUUCUUUUCCGACUCUGUAACAUCACCUGUUCAGUUUGCGCACCAAAAGGCCCAACAGUACUAUGGCUCGUCGCAACCAACUGUAACUUCCUUUGUAUCAACACCUACACCUCAAAGCACAAUCACUCCAGAACCUACACCCGAGUUUGCUCGAAACUGCGUAGAUCCCUACCGACGUCCCGGGUACCUUUACAUCCCCACAGACAAGAAGGCUUACAGGGAUACACAAUGGAUUCCCUUCACCGAAGACUUUCUCAACUCUGAACCACCAGAGUACGCUGCGUACCCACCCACACAUGAGCUUGUUUUCAACGAUACCGCCGUCGAGCCCGAUUUUCUUAAUGCAGAUGAAAACCCCCAACAAUGGAUGCGCAUGGCCGUUGUCGAGAGUCGUCGUCGACACAAAGAAGUCAACAUUCCGCCUCUCAACGCAACAGCUGACGACUUUGUCAACAUGAAAGAAGCCAAUAGCCUAGGUUGGCUGUGGGGCCGUCGUGUAGUCAUGUUUGGUGACUCGGUCGAUCGUUACAUGACACAAUUCUUCUGCGAAGAGUUCGGUGGCAAGAUCAACCUCCCUAUCCAGGAUGUCACAGCCCGUCAAGCUAAAGGCCUAUGUGAAGUCCCUGCCUUCAACCUCACGUUGAUUUACUACCACUCCGCCGGUUCCUUCACAUACAGACCAGACUGGUGGUGGAUUGAGAACAUGAAAGAUGUCGCAUGGGAGGAACGCUGGGAUAAGUUCUGGAAACCCCACGAGACACCCAUCAAUGGCCCUGCUGGUCGUCCUGACUUGAUUCUCUGGCAGAACGGAUUAUGGGACCAGAAAGCGUUCUGGCUGAGCGGCAAGGCGAUGCACAACGAGGGCGAGAAGCCCAUGACCUUGAACCAUCGAAAAAUGGUAUGGGAAGAAGUUCGUUUCGUAACAGCGCGUAUCAAGAAGAUUGCGCAACGUCUCAACGAUGAAUUUGGCAAGGAUGUUCCCAUAAUGUUCCGAGCCUUGACAGUCCAUAAAGAAAGUGGUAUGGAAGAUGCGAUAAUGAUGGAGAUGGACCGUCUAGGAAGGGCCGUUGCUGAACAAGCUGGACACGAAAUGUUUGAAUGGUCCAAGCUGAUACAUCUUCUUGGAAGUUUAUAUCAAGACGGUUUACAUCCUGGUAAGGGACCAGCAAGUUGGCUUUGGGGUAAUAUGAUGCUUGAGUCUCUUGCGAGAUCUGCAGGUUCCAAAGUUGGAGGAGAGGCCAGAGCGCCGUAUUUUGAUGGAUGGGAUGCAUGUCAUAAAGAGUUAUCGGGGUGGGGGGGAAGAUGA